CUAAUACAAAUAGUAUGAAGAACAACAAUAUACCAAUAGCUUAUCAUUCUUCGCUGGUAGUAACAGUGCCUACUACUUUUCAAGUGUUAGUAUUCCUAGCCAUGCACAAAUCUUGUUUCAUCUACUACUAGUGAGCUAUUCUUGUGGAAAUGGAAACUUGUUCGAUUCUCUACAUCACGCGGGAUUGURGCUGCGACGUGUCCGAUCCAAUUCAUCACAUUGCAGAACGAGUCGCGCUGCUACUUCCUGCUCCGCAGAAAUCGCGCCUCGCCCCCGGGUGUCGCCGGAUCCCAAUGGUUGUUGCUCAGAAGCUUCUUGGAGAGAGCCGUCUCRACAAASGAAGACACCAGCGUGGUUUCCGUGGACGAAUCUUUGUCUACUGUCGCCGUGCCUUCGUCGUCUCCAUUGCCGUUGUCGAUGGCAGCUGUUGUGGCAUUCCCGGGAGCAGCUGGUGAUUCUUCGUCCUCACCAACAUCCCCGUCCAAUUCCAACGGAAUCUCGUUGGCGAGCUCGCUGUCAUCAACAUCGGUAUCAUUGCCGAAAUUCACAGYAUAGUUACCCUCUCCUGUGACGAUAUCAUUGCGAUCGCCUUCCCCGAGAAACGCAAGGAACUCGUCCAGGUUGUCAAACUCCGGGCCCCCAAACCCCAUAUCAGGCACGGGUCUCGGAGAAGGUCCCGAAGAAGGCUUUGSCGUUGGUCUCCGUGUGGGUCUCGGUGACGGUACGAGUGUCGGCUUAUUGGUGGAAACUUCGAGGACGGUGAGACUACAACAUCUCUCGAGCAAGAAAUAUUGCGAUCACCAACGACGGGACGAACGGGAUGUUCCACUUACGUUGGGCCAAGCUUGUAGGGUUCUUGGAAGAAGCGUCCACCGCGAUGUGAUCGUAAUAGGUCUCCAUCAGUCCUAGCGUCAUGUCGCUCGAGACAUCGAAAAAGUCGACGAGGGGAUAAAAGGGACCUUCCAUUUGCCACGGGGUGAGUUUUUCGAAGCCUCCCAUGUUCAUGUUGACGACCACGUCCUUCGAGACGUGGUUGACGGCGUUCCCGUCGUCGUCGAUGGUUUGUUCCAUUGUGAGUAUCAGCAUUUCGUCGUAAAACAUUUGCACGUCCUCGUCUGAAAAGUAGAAUUGGGACGUCAAUAGUUCUCGCCCCUCGUMGAACACCUUGAAGUGAAUGUGCGUUACCGGGCGCGACAGAUAUAUUCCGGGCCGGUACGUUUUGAAUUCAAAGCUCCCCRCAUUAUCGGUGGACGCCGUGCCAAAAUACGAAAAAGAGUCUCUCAGGUAUUCGUUCCCAUCCAAAUCAUCUCCCGGGUGGAGGUAGUUCCCGUUGUAAUCCGCGUGCCAAAAUUGUACCUGGGCACCCUCUACGGGUUGCCCGAGAUCGUUUUUUAGUUUCCCAUGAAACAAAAGGUGUGGGUUGAUCGGUCCCUCCGUUGAAUCUUUAUCUGACCACAACGACCCAUCCAGGGCUCUUCGUUCUUGACGAGCCUGUUGGUAAUGCACAUCGCAGGAAAUAGCACGAUGAAUGAUGCAAGAAUAAGAAAAGAACAGUGCC